AUGCCAAGUUUUUCAUGUGAUAAUUGUGGUGAUAUUUUAGAGAAAAAGAAAUUAGCAUUCCAUAGAUGCAAUAGUCGUCGUACUGAUUAUUCAUGUGUACAAUGUUCAGGUAGAUUCUCACUGGAAUCCAGUAAAGCACAUUCAAUUUGCAUAUCUGAAGAACAAAAAGUUCAAGGUAAAUUAUAUAGAGGUCCAAGAAAUGGAAAUAAUAAUAAUAAUAAAAAUAAUAAUAAUAAUAAUAAUAAUAAUAAUAAUAACAAUAAUAAUAAUAAUAAUAAAAGAAAGUUAGAAGAAAAUAAAAAAGAAGAAGCAAAGAAAAAGAAAAAAGUUGAAUCAUCAGAUUCAUCAGAUUCAUCUUCAUCAGAUUCAUCAUCAAGUGAAAGUGAAGAUGAAAAGAAAAAGAAAAAAGAAAUUAAAAAAGUUGAAACUAAAAAACCAAUUAAAAAAGUUGAAUCAUCAGAUUCAUCAGAUUCAGAUUCAUCAGAUUCAUCAAGUGAGGAUGAAAAGAAAAAGAAAGAUAAUAAAAAAGUUGAAACUAAAAAAGUUGAAACUAAAAAAGUUGAAACUAAAAAAGUUGAAACUAAAAAAGAAGAAUCAUCCGAUUCAGAUUCAUCUGAUUCAGAUUCAUCAUCAAGUGAAAGUGAAAGUGAAGAUGAAAAGAAAAAAAAAGACACUAAAAAAGUUGAAAUUAAAAAAGAAGAAUCAGAGUCAGAAUCAAGUGAAAGUGAAAGUGAAGAUGAAAAUAAAGAUAAUAAAAAAGUUGGAACAAAAAAAGAAGAAUCAUCCGAUUCAGAUUCAUCAUCAAGUGAAAGUGAAAGUGAAGAUGAAAAGAAAAAGAAAAAUAAUAAAAAAGUUGAAGCUAAAAAAGAAGAGUCAUCAGAUUCAGAAUCAGAAUCAGAAUCAGAAUCAUCAUCAUCAUCAUCAUCAUCAUCAAGCGAAAGUGAAAGUGAAGAUGAAAAGAAAAAGAAAGAUUCUAAAAAAGUUGAAACUAAAAAAGAAGGAUCAUCAGAUUCAGAAUCAUCAAGUGAAAGUGUGGAAGAUGAAAAGAUGGAUAUUGAAAAGGUUGAAAUUAAAAAAGAAGAGUCAUCAGAUUCAGAAUCUUCAUCACCAGCAUCAAGUGAAAGUAAGGAGGAAGAAAAGAUGGAUAUUGAAAAAGAAGAAACAAAAAAAGAAGAAUCAUCAUCAUCAUCAAGCGAAAGUGAGGAGGAACAAAAGAAAUCUAAAAAAGAAGAUUCAGAUUCAGAUGAAUCAAGUGAAGACGAAAAGAAAAAAGAAGAAUCAUCAUCAUCAAGUGAAAGUGAAGAUGAAAAGAAAAAAGAAGAUUCGGAUUCAGAAUCAAGUGAAGACGAAAAGAAAAAAGAAGAUUCAGAUUCAUCAUCAUCAAGUGAAAGUGAAGAUGAGGAUAAAAAGAAAAAGGAUUCAUCAUCAAGUGAAAGUGAAAGUGAAAAAGAAUCUGAUUCAUCAUCAUCAUCGAGCGAAUCCGAUUCAAGCUCUAGCUCCGAUUCAGAUUCCUCUUCAUCAUCUUCCUCUUCCUCUUCUUCAUCAUCUUCCAGUGAAUCAGAGUCUGAAUCAGACUCUGAAUAA